AUGUUGCAGGUACGCUGCUCACUUUCUCCACGAUGAUCUCUAGCCCAAAAAAGCCGACGUCCUCUUCGACAUCCAAACCCGAGACGGCGCCAUUGAGGAUAAAGUGGUCGCAGACCUUGGCUGUGGUGCGGGCAUGCUGACCAUCGGAGCUCACCUGCUUGGUGCAAGGUAACUCGUAUGCCUGGGAGGUUCUCACAUCCUUUCCUCCACCGCAGGCUUGUUGUCGGUUUUGACAUCGAUGCGGACGCGGUCAAAGACCUUACUCAGAACAUAGCUGAGAACUUUGGGCCCGACAGGCGGACCAUCGAAGUAGUGCUCUGCGACAUCACGAAACUGGCCGUCGGGGAGAAGACCUUCGACACGGUCAUAAUGAAUCCACCCUUUGGCACCACAGAUCAAACGAAUGGUGAGUUUUUAGAGCCACGCCUCCAACGCUUUUCUAGGCAUGGAUAUGGCUUUCCUGAAAAAAGCUCUCUCGCUUAGCAGGGAAAAUGUCUAUUCACUGCAUAAAACAACGACCCGAAAGGUGAGUAGGCCAACUGUUGUGAUUUUCUUACAUCUGCCUGUCUUGUCUUCCGUGUUUGCGUAACUUGCAAAGUUCUGCUACUUCGGGUCUGCAGCACAUUAUCAAAACGGUGGAGGGCCUGGGCGCGAGGUGUGAGGUCGUUGCGGAGCUACGUUUCGACAUUCCCAAGCUUUAUAAGAAGCACAAGUACCAGUCUGUGGAUGUUGCGGUUGAUCUCGUCCACUCCUGGUUCGAAUCCUGA